UAGGUCUGGCCCUUGAAGAGGAGGAGCAGCUCUUACGGUGUCAGCUCAGAAAGUGUGUGUGUGUGUGUGUGUGUGUGUGUGUCACAGAAGAGCUGAGGGAAUUUCACACACAGACAUGGAGCUGCAUUCACUUUAACAGGGGCAACACAAACAGCACUCAGAGGCAACAAGUCGCCCAAAAUGAUCUAAAGGACAAACCGCGGUUUACGCUGGACUUCGGGAAACAGGAAAUAACCAGAACAGUGUCUUUUCUUCUUUUAAUUUUAAGGAGACGUGUGAAAAGUAAAUGAAUUUCACACAUAAGACUUGCGAACAGAUAAUGAAUUAUAAUUCUUCUUCCCUCGCAUUGUCCCUUGUAUAAGCUGAGCUCACUGUGCUGCGUUCAACUGCUCCAGCGUUUCGGCUGAAGUUUGUUGCUGAAGAGUUGUCGUGGGUAUUUUUCUGUUUGUUUGUUUGUUUUAAUUAAAACAAAGCGCAUUAUGGCCGAACACGAAAGUUUGGAGUUUGGAAAGGCGGAUUUUGUUCUUCUGGACAAUGUGUCUUUGGAAGAGUUUCUGGCCAACCUUAAACUCAGGUUUGAAAAGGGUCGCAUCUACAGCUACAUUGGCGAGGUGGUGGUAUCAGUGAACCCUUACCGUGCCAUGAACAUCUACGGACGGGACAUGGUGGAGCAGUACAAGGGCCGAGAGCUGUACGAGCGUCCGCCUCAUCUCUUCGCCAUAGCAGAUGCCGCUUACAAAGCCAUGAAGAGACGAAAUAAAGACACCUGCAUUGUUAUCUCAGGGGAGAGUGGAGCCGGAAAAACAGAAGCCAGUAAAUAUAUAAUGCAAUAUAUUGCUGCUAUUACAAAUCCUAGCCAAAGAGCAGAGGUGGAGAGAGUGAAAAACAUGCUGCUGAAAUCCAACUGUGUCCUGGAGGCUUUUGGAAAUGCCAAGACCAACCGCAACGAUAAUUCUAGCCGCUUUGGAAAAUACAUGGAUAUCAACUUUGACUUUAAAGGAGACCCUAUUGGUGGCCAUAUCAGUAAUUACCUGCUAGAGAAGUCUAGAGUGAUCUUCCAGCAAGAUGGAGAGAGAAGUUUUCACUCCUUCUACCAGCUGGUGAAAGGCGCUCCAGAGACUCUGCUGCGGUCCCUGCACAUCCAGAAAGACCCUAUAGCAUAUGAUUACAUUAAAGUUGGAGGACAUACCAAGUCCUCCAUCAAUGACAGUGCAGAUUUCAAAGCUGUAGCAGAUGCCAUGAAAGUGAUAGGAUUCACCACAGAAGAGAUCCAGACUGUCUACAAGAUCCUUGCUACCAUCCUGCACCUGGGGAACCUAAAGUUUGGCAGUGACGGUGAUGCAACUCUGAUUGAGAACUCGAAAUUAGUGGCUGUGCUUGGGGAUUUGUUGUCCACUAAAGAGGAGAAUGUGGAGAAGGCACUGCUCUACCGCACUGUGUCAACCGGCCGCGAUGUCAUUGACAAGCAGCACACAGACAAAGAGGCCAGUUACGGCCGGGACGCUCUGGCCAAGGCCAUUUAUGAGCGCCUCUUCUGCUGGAUUGUGGGAAGAAUUAAUGACAUUAUUGAAGUGAAGAACUAUGAUGCCAGGAUCCAUGGGAAGAACACAGUGAUUGGUGUGCUGGACAUCUAUGGCUUUGAGAUCUUUCAGAACAACAGUUUUGAGCAGUUCUGUAUAAAUUAUUGCAAUGAAAAACUCCAGCAGCUCUUCAUUCAGCUGGUGCUCAAACAAGAGCAGGAGGAGUACCAGCGAGAGGGCAUCCCAUGGAAACAUAUUGAUUACUUCAAUAAUCAGAUCAUCGUGGACUUAGUGGAGCAGCAGCAUAAGGGGAUCUUUGCUGUACUGGAUGAGGCAUGUAUGAAUGUUGGGAAGGUGACUGAUGAGAUGUUCCUACAGGCGCUCAACGGCAAACUGGCCAAGCAUGCCCAUUACACCAGCCGCAAGCUGUCCCCCACUGACAAGAGCCUCGAGUUUGACCGAGACUUUCGCAUUCGUCAUUAUGCUGGUGACGUGGUCUACUCUGUGGUGGGCUUCAUUGACAAGAACAAGGACACCCUUUUUCAGGACUUCAAGAGGCUGUUGUACAACAGCUCGAACCCUGUUUUGAAGGCCAUGUGGCCUGAGGGUAAGUUGAGCAUCACCGAGGUCACCAAGCGUCCUCUCACAGCAGCCACGCUCUUCAAGAACUCAAUGAUCUCACUGGUGGAGAACUUGGCCUCUAAGGAACCCUACUAUGUGCGCUGUAUCAAACCCAAUGACGUGAAGUCCCCACUUCUGUUUGAGUAUGAACGCUGUAAGCACCAGGUAGAGUACUUGGGCCUGCUGGAGAAUGUCCGUGUGCGUCGUGCUGGCUUUGCUAACCGUCAAACAUACCCUCGCUUCUUACAGAGGUAUAAGAUGAUCUCUGAGUUCACAUGGCCGAACCAUGACCUGCCCUCAGAUCAGGAGGCAGUGAAGCGUCUACUGCAAGGGUGUGGCUUUGAGCAUGAUGUGGCUUAUGGCAAGACCAAGGUGUUCAUCCGUACACCACGCACCAUCUUCAGCCUGGAGGAGCAAAGAGCCCACAUGGUGCAGAGGAUCGUCCUUUUUCUGCAGAAGGUAUGGCGCGGCACUAUUGCUAGGAUGCGUUACCGUCGCAUGCGGGCUGCACUCAUCAUUCUGCGUGCGUACCAGCGUUACAAGGUCAAGUCGUAUAUCCGAGAGGUGCACCGGCGCUUCCAAAACGUACGCAGCAUGAAGGACCACGGCAAGCAUGUAAAGUGGCCCACACCUCCCAAAGUACUGCGCAGGUUUGAGGAAGCGCUAAGAAACAUCUACAACAGGUGGUGGGCCUGGACCCUAAUUAAAAACCUGUCUCCGGAGGAGAUGUUACAGGUCAGGGCUAAAGUGGCCACGCUGGAGUGCCUGAAGGGUCAAAGGGCAGACCUCGGCCUGCAGAGAGCCUGGGAGGGCAAUUACCUGAAGCGGGAUAGUCCUGAGGCAGCAUCUUCCUUCACCUUGGUGUCCAGUGACCUGCAGAGGAAAGAUAAGUUCAUGAGAGUCCUCUUCUCCUGCAAUGUUCGCAAGAUCAACCGCUUCAAUAAGGCAGAGAACCGGGCAGUGCUAAUCACUGAUCGUCACCUCUACAAGAUGGACCCACUGAAACAGUACAAGCCCAUGAAGAGCAUCCCACUGUACAAUGUGACUGGCGUGAGUGUGUCCCCGGGGAAGGACCAGCUGGUGGUCUUCCACACCAAGGACAACCGAGACCUGAUCGUGUGCCUGCAGGGCAUGGUGCCAGCGGGCGAGAGCCGCAUCGGCGAGCUAGUUGGCACCCUGCUCAGCCAUUUCAAAAGUGAGAAGAGGAAGCUCCAGGUGAAUAUUGUAAGCCCCAUUCAGUGCAGCAUGAAUGGUCGAAAAUGUACCAUCGUGGUGGAGCCCAAGAUCAACCAAUCACAACCUGACUUUACUAAGAGCCGUUCAGGCUACAUACUUGCAGUGCCAGGCAACUAAACGACAGCCGCUGUCAUCAAGUCAGGAAUUUCAAAAUGUAAGCCAUACUGAAUUUGAUAGAGAAAGAUGGUUCUCUAUAAUAGGACAUCUAGAGAGCAAACACCAUGUCCCUGAAUUUCACAUUUCUACUCAGUAUAAUCAUGAAACAUAGGAUGAAUGAUCAAAAAAACAUUCCUAAGUGAUUAUAUACCCCUCGCUUGAGAAGUGCAUUAGCAAGAUCAGUGAUGUCAUGGUAGAUUUAUUUAUUUGCGCUUUCAGCCAAAUGAAGGGAAUGACACACAUGCCAUAUUUAUACACUACACAAAGAACACAAAGUACAAGCCGUAGGAAUAUGGAAGUAAUAUUUUGACAUGCUGGAAAGUGUUUUUUUUUUUUUUUUUUUUUUUUUUUUUUUUUUAAAGAGAAUAUUUCUGUUUUUGAUAUAGCACUCAUUUGGGAUCCAGUGUGGAUAGAGUAUAGCUUUAUGUAUAUCACAGAUCAUAGUGGCCAUAUAGGAAAUAUUUAGACUUAUUCAGCAUACGUUUUGUAGAAGGAUGUGUUGAGCAUAUCCAUAAACUCACUGAGUGCUCAGAGAGGAGCAUUAAAAUCUCUCAUAACUUAAAUACUUGUCAUGCAUAUUUUCAUAUAUGAAACUUGCAGAUGUUGUAUGUGGAUGUAAAAGAGGAGAGAGUGAACACAGUUUAUAUAAAUUAGAUGCUGUUUAUAUACAAAUACCAAGUCACUUUUUGUAGGAAAGUAAAACAUUCCGGCAAAGAAAGGGAAAUUUCUUUUCCCCCAAAGAGCUGUCAUUUGUUUUUCUUUAUACAUGGCUUAAAGGGUAGCUCUUUUCUACACGGCUGUCUUUCAACACUUUAAUAAAUCAAAGGAAGCCAGAGUGUUCAUUCUUCAGUUCUGAACCUGCUCACACUUGAAAAUAUAAUAAUGAUCAUAAGUUCUUCCUUGUGCAAUAGUAAUUCAAAGCAAACAUCUAGUGUUAGAGCCCACUUCUACAUUUCCAAAGAAAGAUCAGAACAUUGCUGUUUGACAAAAUUGGAAAGUUGAUUUUUUUUUUUUGAAGAAAAGGUUUCCAGUCCUUCAAUCCUCAAUGUAAAGCCUUUGGUUAUUCAUAUUAACUGCUUUAGAAGCGUAUAGUUUUAGUGGAAAAUCCCAGGAUGUCUGGCCUAGAUUUAGAAGUGGCUGAGGAAAGUAAUGAUAAAGUACUAAAGAAAUGUGCUGCUGGUCAUUCCAAGCAGAGCUGCAUAAAUCAGUUUAAUAAUUACCAUUUAAUUCCUAGGGGUUUGAGGGUGUAGCACACGUCUGUUGUAUAUUAUCCACUAUGCUGAUACUAAUGUGGUCUAAUUGUGCUAUAGCAUUCAGCAGCAUUACAUUUAGUGCCUACUGUAAGUCGCUUUAUUAACAUUUAUAAGUGAAUGCACAGACUUGGAGCCAGUAGAGUUUUGGCGGCUUUGAAAGGAAAAGACUACAUGUAGAGUUUAAUGUAGACUUUCAUCAUUGGCUCCUUUUUCA